UUGAUCCCAAAGUUGAAGGUGAAAAAUCCAAUGAAAGAAGCAAAAAAGAAGACAAAGGCAUUCUCUCUGCAAUGUUUUCCCAACAGAACAACAGCCUCAGGAGUUCCACGUACUCUAUUCUGAAAUGUUGUUGGAUCCUCUCAGAUCUCUGAUCAUUUAUACGGCCAUGGUAAUUUUCUUUUCCGCCUUCGUCGUUUUCAUAUGCAACGGAGUCAGAAAAAACAAUCCCAAGUCCAGCGACGGGAAAGCUACGACGCCGACGACGAUAACACCGAGUUCGUUACUGGAAGUGAAGGUUAUGCUUCCGAUGAAGGUGAUAUUCGGGGACGCUACGGUCGCCAAGAAAUACGAUCCGACGGAACUGGCUCAAAUCCCGAAAACCAGGCUGGGUGAAGGCACUUUAGGGACACUGUUUAAGGUUGUUCUCGGAUGCGGUUCGGUGGUAACAAUUCGGAAGAUCCGAGAAGGGCUGAUGGUGAGCGCGGGUGGUCUGGAGAUGUGGGUCAAUUUCUUCGGAGGAAUGAAGGAUGAUGGGCUGUUGCUGCCUAUACAUUUCAGCUUUUGGUACGGUGGAGAGGCUUUCAUCAUGUAUGAGUACUUGAUCUUGGGAAGUUUGGAAGAGCUUUUACAUGGCAGUGAAGGGAUCCAAUUCACUCCAUUAAACUGGGGAAUCAGAAAAAGGAUAGCAUUAUAUGCAGCCCAAGCAGUAGCUCUAAUCCACAGCCGAGUAACUCAAAAUGCCGAACCACUCAUAUGUGGUGUGAUCAAGGCUUCCAACAUCCUAAUCCGAGUCGAUUUCUCCGCAUGUCUCUCGAGCUACGAAACGCCGUAUCUAGUGCCCCCGGAAAUGACCGUCAAACGAAAUCCGGGCCGAGUGGCACCCGAACUCAAGGGUCAUCACCCGAAAACGUUCACUCAAAAAUCCGAUGUCUACAGCUUCGGGGUACUGUUGUUGGAGCUAAUCACCGGGCAAAGACCCUCGAUGACCAACUUGAGGGCUUACGUGCACGAGAGGAAGGGGAAAUGGGGAUUAAGCAGCGUGUAUGAUAAGAAAAUGGGUGAUUUAGUGAACGAAAAUUUGGCAGGAAUGAUAGAAAUUGCAAGGAUCUGCUUGUUGUGUAAACCACAAAGUAGACCUUCCAUGGAGGAUGUGGUCCGGAUGAUCAAAGCAUUGUGAGUGGAAAAAAUAUUUGUUUUCUCCACUUAUGUGAUAGGAGAGAUUAUACUGUAAAUCAAGAUACACUGUCAUGUAUCUAAAUGUUAUAAAAUCACAAUAAAAUGAGUAAUAAAC